AUGACCCGCUCUUCGCCUCGGAAAAGGCCACUUGUGAGUCACAAGGAAGAAGACGACAAGCCAGUGGCGAAGCCAUCCGUUGCUGGUAAAGCUCUGGGGUCUCUCAAGUCGGCGGCAGCCAAGCUUGCAGCUAAGCCUGCACCAAAACGCAAAGCCGAAAGCGACGACGCUGCAGAGCUCCAGCCCAAAGUCGCAGCAUCCCAGCCGAAAAAGCGCAAGACCGAAAAGGCCAAGGACGAAGACACGAUGCCGCUGGCAGAUCGCACCGCAGUCUCGUCGCUGAAAAAGGCAAUGUUCAUUGGCGCUCAUGUGAGCGCCGCUGGCGGUGUCAAUAAUUCCGUUACCAAUGCUAUACACAUAGGCGCCAACGCGUUUGCGCUUUUCCUCAAGUCACAGCGCAAAUGGGACAAUCCGCCAAUCACGUCUGAGGCCAAGGAGCUUUUUAUGAGCGGCUGCUCACACCACGGCUACAAAGCUACGGAGCAUGCCCUCCCGCACGGCUCGUAUCUCGUCAAUCUGGCCCAAUCGGACCCUGCCAAGGCUGCGCAAGCUUACAACGCAUUUGUCGAUGAUCUGGCCCGUUGCGAACAGCUUGGUAUCAAGCUCUACAACUUUCAUCCUGGAUCCACGCUCGGCGACAGUCGCGAUGCCGCCAUUGGGCGCAUUGCUGCACAACUCAACAAGUCGCACGAGGCCACGAGCAGCGUCAUCACGGUACUGGAAAAUAUGGCUGGCAGCGGCAAUGUUAUAGGUUCGACCUGGGAAGACCUGCGGGACAUUAUUGCACUGGUGGAUGACAAGUCCCGCGUCGGCGUGUGCAUCGACACUUGCCAUGCUUUCGCCGCCGGUCAUGACCUGCGCACGCCAGAGGCGUUUAGCAAGACGCUAGACGAAUUCAAAAAGAUUGUUGGCAUCAAGUACCUCAAGGCAUUCCAUUUAAAUGACAGCAAGGCUCCCUUUGCUUCCAACCGAGACUUGCACGCCAACAUUGGUACUGGCUUUCUCGGCUUGCGUGCCUUCCAUAGCGUCAUGAACGAGGACAGCUUCUGCGGCAUGCCCAUGGUCCUAGAGACGCCCAUCGACAAAAAGGACGACAAGGGAAAGACCAUCGAGGACAAGCAAGUCUGGGCCGACGAGAUCAAGCUCCUCGAGAGCCUCAUUGGCAUGGACGCUGAUAGCGAGGAUUUUGCUGCGCUCGAGAAGAAACUCCAGGCGCGUGGCGCAGCUGAGCGGCAGCGCAUUCAGGACCAGGUUGACAAGAAGAGCGCCAAAAGCGGCAGUAAAAAGCAAGCUGGAGGGAAGAAGGGCAAGAAGACUGCGGCUGUAGAUGAUGAGAGCGACUAA